CGGAAUCGCUCACUAUGCUUAAAUUAUAUGGUAUUUAAUCUACACCUAACCAAUUUCCUUCUCCGAAAAAAAAAAAAAAAAAUCUGCACCAGCCCUAUACAUCGCCUCAAGCAUGCCAACCAGCUUCAAAAAAGUCGAGUCCGCUGCAGGAAUGCAGGACAGUUUCACCGAGGACGAGACCUCUCGCGGGUCUAACGAAUUUCUAAUCGACCAUGAAUUGAAAUCAAGAAAGGAUCAAGUUCAAAGAAAGAGCCUCUUUUGGACCUUUUCGAUCAUUUUGAGCGCUAUCGGUGUUAUUGAAUUGAUAGCGUCAGUGACUAUCCUCCUACAGCUGCGCUCACAGAGCCAGCCGCAAAUAGGUAGCGAAAUGAACCAUUUGAUCCCCAAAUUUCCAAUUCACCAGGUCCUUUUUGAAAAAGAUGCGCCAGCGACAGUAAAAAGUCUGAGCAAAGAGGACAGGAAUGACACUCGGGAAAACUGGCUCACAUAUAUGCCAAAAGGAAACGGAUUUUUAGCUGUGAAUGAUUUCGAGAACUAUAAUCUACCAGAGCCCAUUUUGUAUCAAGGGAACUUCACCUACUCGAUCGCUGUUUUCCACCAGUUACAUUGCUUGUAUAUCGUCAUGGAUAUGUAUAACAACCUUCUUGAUCCUACCUCUGAAUAUCGAACGGACCCCGAAAAAUCCGACAUCCACUCGGGUGCCCAAGAGCAUGUUCAGCACUGCUUUCGAUAUUUGCGGCAAUCUGUAACCUGUUGUGGAGAUACAACUCUGGAGGGACACAUUCCCAACAGCCCCUUGAAUGGUACAGAUGGAACUGGAGCAGUGCAUGUAUGCAAAAAUUUUGAUGCUAUUCGAUCGUGGGCUGAAAAUAAACGAGUUGUCGACGACAAGCAUCCUUAAGAAGGGGAAAAAGAGGCUGCUUAUGUGAGAGAAAGCUGAGAGGCCAAAAUAAUGAAUGGUACGCUUGAGUAGGG